GUCCAAGGCAGUGAAGUCCACCACUCUAGAAGUAGAAGUCCACGUGCAAGCCCCCCGGCCUAUGCGAAUGGUAUGGUCCAAUAAUAGAUGCUAUAAUUUAAAGAUGGCGGCGCGCAGUGGUCAUCAGAGAGGAGGACAUCACAAACGCAACUAUGGAAAGGACAGGGUAAGCCACCAGAAAAUCUCCCGCCGGGAGCCAAAGGUAGACGAGAACUCCCCCAUCAUAGCCUCCUUCCGCACGUAUCAAGCCUUGCUGGACAGGAAGAACGAUAAGUACGAACGUUUGGUGAAGAUGAGCAGAGACGUGACCAUACAGAGCAAGAGAGCCAUCUUCCACAUCCACAGGAUCAAUAGUGGUGUUGACAAGGCCACUGUUCUGGGAGAGGCAGAUGAAAAGUUGAUCGCCGUACGUGAGAAGUUAUGUCAGAUUGCAUUGGAGCUGCAGGGGGAAGAUCUAUACCAGUUCAUUAGGGCUGUCUCACCUGGACUACAGGAGUACAUUGAAGCUGUUGCUUUCCACCACUACUGUCUGGGGCAGGGGCUGGUCAGCUUGACACAAGUGCAGAGUGCCCUGGAGUUUCCAGCCACAGAAAAGACAUCUUCACCAGAAGAUGGAGACUGCCCGUCCCACCCUGCGGUGACGCUGUACGUACCCCCCGUGGAGUACAUGCUGGGCGUGGCAGACUUCACAGGCGAGCUGAUGCGGCUGUGCAUCACCAGUGUGAGCAGUGGGGACAUGGAGCUCCCCUUCCAGCUGUGUCAGUUCAUGCGGGAGGUGUACCAUGGCUUCAGCUCCUUCAGCCAUGCGGGGUCCUGGGAGCUGUCUCGGAAGAUGCACACCCUGAGACAGAGCCUACACAAGGUGGAGAAUGCCUGCUACACCCUGCAGGUGCGCGGACUGGAAAUCCCCAAACACAUGCUGGCUGACGUCUUCGGCUCGGCAGACUCGGAGGACACAGGGGAGAGAAGGAGUGACAUAUCAUGAUUGGGGGGGACAGUCCCAUUUUCUGACACCUUUAACUUCAAGUUUAUGUUCCCACACUCCUAUGUUCUGCAACCAUAUGUUCCGUCACCCAUAGGUUCUGACAACCCUAUCUGGCACCUGAGUGUGUUCUGACACCACUUUGUUCCAAUACCCCUAUCUAAAGGCUAGAGGUGUGGAAACAUAGAGGUGUAACUUACACCUCUGUUUCCGCACCUCUAACCUUUAGAUAGUGGUAUUGGAACAAAGUGGUGUAACCAUCAUGCUUUACAUUGAAUUCAGUCUUCCAACUGUAACUUAAGCUUCAUGAGGCUUUUUCUUUUGAAGCCUACAUAAAAAAAUUUAGGCUUGCAUAUUGAACUUGUAAUGUAAAUACACUUUUAUAACAGGUUGGUUCCCUGUAAAAUGCUUGUUGAAAUUGGUACAUGGCUCUGCAGAGUAGUUUUAGAUGUUGAGAUUGACCAUAUAUACAUGUACACUCAGUCUGAUACAUUUUGUAUGUUUCACUUUGAUACCAACCCAUUGGCUAUUUUGCUCUGUUGGAAAGACAAAACUUUUGGGUACGAUUUGAAAGUAUAAUUUAUGUACAUUUAUACAGUUAAGCUCCUGUUAAGAAUACUAUCAAUAUUAAUGCUGCCAAGGAAUAAGUAAUUCCAUGGAAAGAAGGUAUCGUUAUG